AUGAGCAAUACAUACAACCAAGUAAAACCUAUUAUACUGGGUAAAUCACUAAAACAAAAGAUGAAGAAUGAUCAGGCUACUAACCAAAAAAGUCAUGAAAAUAAUCAAAUAAUUAACCCCAGUACGACUCCAUUUUUAAACGCUGGCUAUCCAGGCAUACCAUCACUCCCUAAUAUACCGCCUACUUUGAUGGGUGGGGUAGGUAUGGUACCUCAACCUCUUCCCAAUCCAGUACGUAGUAUGGUACUUCCUGGUCCUAAUUCAGCUACACAAAACCUGCCAAUUUCAAAAUCAUCUUUUCCCAAUCCCACUUCUAAUUUAAUCAAGAAGAAGAAGGGUAAAAAAGGGAAAAAGGGCUUCAAAUCAUAUACAAUUAAUCCUUCACAACCUCCCCAGUAUUCCAAUAAAAGUAAUAUUUUUGAUUUUAACUCUAUGAAUGAUGAUUCAAUAGAUUCAGAGAAGAAAAGAAGAAGAGCUGAGAAAUUUGGAACUUCUUCAACUGAUUCCAAAAAACCAAAAAUAUCUACUAACAGUAAUGCAUAUGAUGAGGAUGAAGAUUAUUCCAAUCUAAAUGCGAUAAGUUCAAAGUCAAAUAGAUACGAUAAAGAUAAGCCGGUUGUCGGUCGCUGCACCACCUUAGAGAAAUCAUAUUUAAGAUUAACUUCUGAACCUAAUCCAGAUUUGGUUCGCCCCCUUCACAUCUUGAAACAAUCAUUUGAUUCCUUAAUGAAGAGGCACACCAGUGGUUCAGUAAGUUAUACUUAUGUAUGUGAUCAGUUUAAAGCUAUAAGGCAAGAUUUACGAGUUCAGAUGAUUGAUAAUCAGUUUACUUUAAAAGUCUAUGAGACUCAUGCUAGAAUUGCAUUAGAAAAUAGUGAUAUAGGUGAAUUUAAUCAAUGUCAAAGCCGAAUUUCUACUUUAUUCGAAAUACCCUCAAUUAAGCCGUCUUAUCAAGAAGAAUUUAUAUAUUACAAAAUCCUAUAUUAUAUAUUAACCGAAGACAACGGGUCAUUGAAUUCAUUGCGAUUAACACUAAUAAAAAAUUCAUUAGCACUAUACAAAAAUAAAAUGGUUCAAAUUGCAUUUAAAUUGGCAGAUGCUAAGGUUGUGGGAGAUUAUCAUUCUUUUGUGAAAAUAGCUAAACUUGUUAGCGGUCUUGGUAAAAAACUUCUGGAAUUAUUUAUUGACAAAGAAAGAAUGAAAACUCUAUUAGUUAUCAGUAAGAGCUAUAACCAAGCAAAUCUUUCACUAUUAUGCGAAGAGCUUUAUUUUAAUACCAUCGAAGAUGUUGCCAACUUCUUUGUUGAUAUGGGAUUGAAUAAUUAUAUCAUUACUAAAAAUUCAGGUUUGGAAAAUGAAUAUAAAUAUCUUGAUACAAGAAGUAGUAGAGCCUUUAUCAAUCAAAAAUAUAAUUCAAUGAGAAAAAUAGACAUUAAAGGGCAACAAUAA